UCACCACCAUUUUGUACUUCUAUACACACUAGAACAAAAACUUCUCAUGGCAGACAUGGCUGAAGGAGGAGCUGCUGCUGCAACAACCACUAACGGCCACCAUGCUGUCGCACUCGAUAUUGAACAAGAUCAUCAUCGAAAGUCGUCUUGUUUUCCUUCUGUUUCUUUUCUCCAAAAGUUGAUAGCAGAAGUUCUAGGAACAUAUUUUGUGAUUUUCGCUGGGUGUGCAGCGGUGGUGGUGAAUACAGAUAAAGACAAGGUCAUAAGUCUACCGGGAAUAUCGAUAGUGUGGGGGCUGGUGGUGAUGGUCAUGGUUUACUCUGUCGGACAUAUUUCCGGUGCCCAUUUUAACCCUGCUGUUACCAUUGCUUUUGCCUCUUGCAAUAGGUUCCCUUUAAAACAGGUACCGGCAUACAUUGUUGCUCAAGUCCUCGGCUCAACAUUGGCGAGUGGAACUCUACGUUUGAUAUUUAAUGGAAAGCAAGAUCAUUUUGCAGGAACCCUUCCUGUUGGAUCUGAUCUCCAGUCACUCGUUUUGGAGUUCAUUAUCACUUUCUACCUCAUGUUUGUCAUCUCAGGAGUUGCUACCGAUAAUCGAGCUAUUGGAGAGUUAGCUGGGCUAGCAGUGGGAGCUACAGUUUUACUCAAUGUGAUGUUCGCAGGUCCAAUAUCAGGGGCGUCAAUGAAUCCUGCAAGGAGUCUCGGUCCAGCCAUUGUGUCAAGCAAAUACAAAGGGAUAUGGAUUUACAUGUUAGGUCCAACAGCUGGAGCAAUUUCUGGUGCCUGGGUCUACAAUAUUAUAAGGUUUACCGAUAAGCCUUUGCGUGAGAUCACCAAGAGUUCAUCUUUCCUUCGGUAUGCCAACAGUCGAAAUGGAUCUAAACGAUGACCGAUUUCCAAAAUUCGUAAGAUACUUAAUUUGGUGCAUAUGUGCUAGUCAUGUUCAAGCUUUUGAUUCUGUUUGUGCUAAUGAUAUAUGAUAUAUAAUUUGAAUAGGAACUAUUCUUACAUGUAUCCCAAUUUUUUGUU